CUCCAUCUUCACUCCACUUCCUUCCAAAGAACCACCUCCAAUGGGUUGGAUAUGGAUAACACUCGCCUUCGCUUUGGUUGCUCAUCUCUUAUUGCGAGCUUUGUUAUGGAAAACACAGAGCAAGAAGAAAUUGCCUCCUGGUCCUAGAGGGUUUCCGAUUCUUGGGAACCUCCCUUUGUUGGGAAAAAACCCUCAUCAUGAUCUUCGCAAAUUAGCUCGAAAAUAUGGACCCCUCAUGUACCUGCGCCUCGGGUUCGUGCCCGCGAUCGUCGUUUCAUCACCCGAAGUGGCCGAGCAAUUCCUCAAGACCCACGAUCUUGUUUUUGCGAGCCGGCCGCCUCAUGAGGCCUCGAAGCACAUCUCUUACGAGCAAAGGAGCUUGGCGUUUGCUCCGUACGGCCCGUAUUGGAGGAACAUCAGAAAAAUGUGCACUUUGGAGCUCCUUAGCAAUGCAAAAAUCAAUUCCUUCAAACCCAUGAGGAGAGAGGAGGUCGGCUUGCUCGUGAAUUUUCUCAAAGACGUGUCUCAUGACUCCAUGGCCAUCGACUUGAGCGCGAAGAUCUCGUCGCUAAGCGCCGAUAUGAGCUGUCGGAUGGUGUUCGGGAAGAAGUACAUAGACAAGGAGUUUGACGAGAGAGGGUUCAAGGCCGUGAUUCAAGAAGUGAUGGUGUUGGGGGCGACGCUUAACAUCGGUGACUAUGUUCCUUAUUUAGCACCCUUUGAUCUUCAGGGGUUGACGAAACGCAUGAAGGCCGUGAGCAAAGUGUUCGAUGCCUUCUUUGAGAAAAUUAUUGACGAGCACAUGAAGUCUAAGAAAGAGGAAGGUGACAGCAAAGAUUUUGUUGAUGUCAUGUUGGGUAUCAUGGGAGUGAAGGAGGGAGAGUACCAUAUCGACAGGCCCCAUAUCAAAGCCAUAAUUCUGGACAUGUUGUCGGGUUCGAUGGACACUUCAACGACAGCAAUCGACUGGGCAAUGGCCGAACUUAUUAAACAUCCUAUUGCCAUGAAAAAGCUCCAAGAAGAACUAGAGAACGCCGUGGGACUGAAUAGAGCAGUGGAGGAAUCAGACACAGAUGGCUUGGACUACCUAGACAUGGUCAUAAAGGAGACCAUGAGGCUUCACCCGGUGGCUCCGCUUUUGCUUCCCCACGAGGCGACCGAGGACUGCACGGUGAACGGCUUCCACAUACCCUGCAAGUCGAGGGUCAUCGUGAAUGUGUGGUCCAUCGGAAGGGACCCGAAAGUGUGGACCACUCACGACCCGGAAGAGUUCGUGCCUGAAAGAUUCUUAGGAUCCAGUGUGGACGUUAAGGGGCGUGAUUUUCAGCUCCUGCCAUUUGGGGCGGGCCGCCGAGGGUGCCCCGGAAUGCAGCUUGGCUUGACCGUCGUGCGGUUCGUGCUUGCUCAGCUUGUACACUGCUUUGACUGGGAACUUUCGGGAGGCAUGUCACCGAGUGAGCUUGACAUGACUGAGGAGUUCGGGCUCACUGCUCCUAGAGCCGAUCAUCUGGUGGUCACACCUAGAUACCGUUUGAGGGAGUGAAAGGGAGUUAACUUUUCGAUGGACGAUUGAGUUCCCAAAAAAUAAGUCUGAUAUUCUCAGGAGUUUUAAUGCCAAAUGGAUUGCCUACUAGUUUGUAAUGUGAUGUUAGCUUGAUUUUCGAAGUCUUAUCGUCCUCU